UUAAUACUGUGAAGAACUGGAAAGGCAAGAGAAGCUCGUGGCCCUUAGAAACUUGGCCACCCUCUUUCACACGCACUUUUUUUUUCUUUGCCAUCUUCCCUCUUUUUCUCUUCUCUUUACAGUUAAUUUCCCAAGCUUUUGCAGCUCUGUCCUCCAAGUGGCUGGGGUUCCCUACUCUCCAUUGAGACAAAGAUCAACAAAAAUGGUGAAGGAAACUGAGUAUUAUGAUGUUCUUGGUGUUAGUCCAUCAGCUUCCGAGGAGGAGAUUCGGAAAGCUUAUUAUCUGAAGGCAAGGCAAGUUCAUCCGGACAAAAAUCCAAAUGAUCCUCGCGCUGCUGAGAGAUUUCAGGUAUUAGGUGAAGCUUAUCAGGCUCUGAGUGAUCCCGUCCAAAGAGACGCAUAUGAUCGAAAUGGGAAAUCCAGCAUAUCUAGGGAAACCAUGCUUGACCCAACAGCAGUCUUCGCUCUUCUCUUUGGAAGUGAAUUAUUUGAGGACUACAUAGGACAUCUUGCUGUUGCAUCAAUGGCUUCUUCGGAACUAGCCAGUGAAACAGACAAUUCUGAAAAACUGCAUGAUAAGUUGAAGGCUGUUCAGAAAGAAAGAGAAGAAAAGCUAGCAAGAUCACUGAAAGAUUUUCUUAACCAAUACGUCCGAGGUGACAAAGAUGGAUUCUUACAGCGUGCAGUUUCUGAAGCCAGACGGCUGUCUGACACAGCAAUUGGAGUUGAUAUAUUACACACUAUUGGCUACAUAUACGCAAGACAAGCUGCCCAAGAGCUUGGAAAGAAAGCAAUUUAUCUAGGUGUGCCUUUCUUGGCCGAGUGGGUUCGCCACAAGGGACAUUUCUGGAAGUCACAGAUUACUGCAGCAAAAGGUGCUUUUCAGUUACUGCAACUUCAAGAAGAUAUGCGCCGGGAAUUUAAAAUGGAUGGCAGCGGACCUGAAAAUGAUGUCGAAUCACAUAUACGGUUAAACAAAGAAACUUUGGUGAGCUCAUUAUGGAAAUUGAAUGUGGUGGAUAUUGAAGUAACCCUUGUACAUGUGUGCCAAAUGGUGUUGCGGGACAAUAAUGUCAAGAAGGAGGAACUCAAAGCCAGAGCUCUGGCUCUGAAAAUUCUUGGGAAGAGAUUCCAGGAACAACAAGCUCAGAAUGGUGCAACAUCAAGGAGGAAAAAUGUGGCUGAAAUAGAUGAUGAUGAUGAUGAUGGAAGCAGUUCCGAUAGCAGCAGUGAAGAGGAGUCGCCCAGAGCACUUUCAUACCGAACUCCUUUUCUCACCCAGGGUAUUGGGAGACUCUUCAGAUGCCUCUGUAACCCAGCAUUUGAUGUGGAUGAUGAUGAAAUUGUGUUCAAAAGCAAAUGAUUGGAUGAAUGUAAAUUUGCAGACACUUUGUUGCAAUACUAUAAACCUUGCUGAUGCCUGUCAACUUUGUUCUUCAUUUCUCCCGGAAAUUUAUCCUCAAAAAAUGAAGAAGAAGAAACUAAGAAAAAGAAUACACAAUGGCUCUGCCAACACCUUUCAAUAGUUGGGGAUUUCUUUUUUUUAGACUACACAAGGUAUGUAUGUAUGCUUGUGUUAUUAUGCAUGUCAGAGGCUUUGGUCUCAAAAAGAUGUUGGGGAAAAAGAACUGUAGAGCCCUCGGGUUUUGUCCUCCCUUGAAUAUUCUACAAAGCUACGCUAAGGGUAGGAGGAAUCAAGAUCUAACAUUCACCCAAAAGCAAAAAGCAUACCUUACCACUGGGAAUCAAAGUCCACAAAAAGUUGCCAUCCACAACCUGUCAUAAACCUAAUCAUGCUUACUUUGUUGCACUGCCGUCUGCCGUGCAGCUGAAGCUGAACCCAACUUGGAUGAUGCUAUGAAACAGUGCUUCCAAUUGAAUUCAACUUUCUCAGCUGUCUAAAUUAAAACCCACUCCUGGUGUAGAAACUCCAUCCAAUCAUUUUCUGGGGCCCAAGUCCCACUGCUCUUGCUGAUUCAUGGCCCCACGCGUUAAGACCCAGAAAGAAAGAAAGAAAUUGUUGGCACGGAGCUGCCAAGGUAGUCCUGACUCGAUGCCCCUGCAACCGAAUUCUGAUGAUGCCCCUUUUUACACCGAUGCCAAAUGGGGAGGUUACACUGUAUUUCGUUCCUAGUUUCUGCAAAAAUGCAAUAUGAAUGGUUCUGAAAUAAUUAGUAGUACUAGUACUAAAACUAAUAUUCAUAGUACAUAUUCCCUAUAUUGGACACAGAAGGGAAGCAUCUCACUGCCUCAUAUCUUUAGGUUCCAAAAGAUGGAUCCAGCACAGAAAUGGACAGUGUCAAGUUUGAUGGUUAAUGAAUCAUAUCAUGAUUAAGGCUUAGGGAACACCAAACCAACCUAAAUAGUUCACCUAGGAGCAGAUGAAAAUUUGUUUUAUCUUCUGCAGUCUUGAACUUGGGAGGCAACUAAGUCCAUGGGUUUUAACGCCCGUCCGGCAUGUCAUAACACCCAUUAAUAAUACAAUGUACUUAUGACAAUACAUGC